AGAGAAUGUGAAGAUGUUUACCAUCUUCGCGUGACCGCGUGAGGAAAAAAAAAAAAAAAAAAGUUUUCGGGGUUUCGGGGUGUCAAAAUUAUGUCACUUUCUGCUUAGUAUUCGUUCCGACGAAAUCAAUGAUUGUAAUGAAGCAAAAACCCUGAAGACUGCCUCUGUUUGCAAGUAAUUGAGCUGAAGAAAGAUGGGAUUUGCUCGGGCACCUAGAAGUAAACAUGUCACCGCAAUUUUGCAUAAUACAUCUUACAUAGCAUUUUCAAUUGUAAUAAUAACCUUAAUAAUCCUCAGUCAGUGGAAUAAGUAUGUAAACAAGGAUGAAAAGUUCGUACUGCGGUUUGUGGAGGAUUCUCCUGAAGUAAAAGUUCUUUCUUGUGCUUUGACGGCUGAACCUCGUAACAGAGAUUGUAAUCAUUUCAACUCAUGCUUCAACGUGUACUUAUGUGGUCGAUCUUUGAAUAAACUUUCUGUUUAUAUCUAUCCUAUUUACAAAUAUGAAGAUUCUAAAGCCGUUCCAAUUGCAGUUGAUUUUUCUAAUGAGUAUAUUGAAAUAUUGAAAACUAUAUAUGACAGUCCUUAUUAUGAACCAGAUCCUAAAAAGGCAUGUAUAUUUGUCCCACCCCUUGAUUUACUCAACCAGAAUAAUAUAAGGCUGAAGGAAACAUCAAGAGUUUUAGCCACUUUGCCAUAUUGGAAUUCAGGCAUCAAUCAUCUUCUUUUUAAUAUGAUCCCUGGUUCUGUACCAGAUUACCAUCCAGUACUAGAUGUAGACUGUGGUAAUUCAAUUUUAGCUGGAGCAGGAUUUUCAGCUUCAACUUAUCGUAAAACAUUUGAUAUCAGUAUUCCAACGUUCAGUACAUUAAAUGAGACUUUUAGCUGGGAGACUUGUCAUGAAAGUUCAAGACAUUGGUUGGUAACUUCCACUCAGUUAAAUAUCCAUUUUGAAUACCGACAUGAAUUAGAAGACUUAGCUGAAGAGCAUCCAGAAUUGUUGGUCUUAGGUCCUUGUUCUGAAGGUGCAAACCAACAAAAUGCAUUACGAUGUUGUGGUGGUGACACCUAUUCAUAUCCAGAAAUUUUAGAAGAUUCCACAUUUUGUCUCAUCAUCAGAGGAGCUCGACUUGGACAAACUGUUCUUUCUGAAGCCAUGCAAGCUGGUUGUAUUCCAGUAAUAAUAUCGGAUGGAUACAUUAUGCCGUUUUCUGAAGUUAUUGAUUGGAAAAGAGCAAGUAUUCAAAUUCUUGAAGAGAACCUUUCUGAUGUCAUUCACACUUUAAAAGCAGUUUCAGAUGAAAAAGUAGCUGAAAUGCGUGAGCAAGUCUGCUUCCUUUGGCAAAAGUAUUUCAGUUCUAUGAAACAAAUUACAACUACAGUCUUAGAUAUUCUUAAUGACAGAAUAUUUCCUCAUAAUGCUCAUUCAUAUGAACAUUGGAAUAAUCCUCCAUUAAAAGCAGGCACAUCUUCUCCUUUGUUCCUACCAAUGAUCGCUCCUAAGUCUCAAGGAUUUACUGCAGUAAUUCUUACGUAUGAUCGUCUAGAAAGCUUGUUUCAAGUUAUUCAGAAAGUUGUUCAAGCUCCUAGCCUCUCUAAAGUUCUUGUUGUAUGGAAUAAUCAAGUUAAACCUCCUCCACUAGCUUCUGCAUGGCCUAAGAUUAGUAAGCCAUUAAAGGUUGUGCAGACAAAAGAAAAUCGCUUAAGCAACAGAUUUUUCCCCUAUGAUGAAAUUGAAACAGAGAGUGUGCUUGCUAUUGAUGAUGAUAUUGUUAUGCUAACUGCAGAUGAAUUGGAAUUUGGAUAUGAAGUUUGGAGAGAAUUUCCUGAUCGUAUUGUUGGUUUUCCAUCUCGAGUUCAUUUAUGGGAUAAUACAACUAAAAAAUGGAAGUAUGAAUCAGAAUGGACAAAUGAAAUAUCGAUGGUUUUGACUGGUGCUGCAUUUUAUCAUAAAUAUUAUAGUUACUUGUAUACAUAUUCCAUGCCUGGUGAUAUCAAAGAAUGGGUAGACGAUCAUAUGAACUGCGAAGAUAUUGCAAUGAAUUUCCUAGUUGCUAAUGUUACUGGAAAAGCACCCAUAAAAGUAACUCCAAGGAAAAAGUUUAAAUGUCCUGAGUGCACAAAUGUUGAAAUGCUUUCUGCUGAUGUAAUACAUAUGGCUGAACGUUCUGAAUGCAUUAAUAGAUUUUCUCAAAUAUAUGGUGUGAUGUCUUUGAAAACUGUUGAAUUCCGUGCUGAUCCUGUUCUUUAUAAAGAUAAUUUCCCUGAAAAGCUUAAAAGAUUUAACAAUGUUGGAAGUCUUUGAAAUACUUUUCGUAUUUUUUCUAUUCUGCAAGAAAUACCCAUUCCUUUUACAAAUCAUAUUGCACAUUUUACAUUAGUUAAAUUAAUGUAUAAAAAAACAAUUCUUACCACUGUGGUAAUUUGGGCUCAUGUGGAGUGUCAAACAUUUAGAAUUUCUUAGAUAAGUUGUGUACUCUGCUGAAAUGUUUAUGUAACUUGUAAACAUUAAAAGUUCAAAAAAUACAAAUGAAAAACCAUUUUCAUUAGCAAACAUGUCUGUAAUGUUUUGUGUUAAUAAGAUUCAAGAAAGUUUUGAUACCUACCAUAUUAAAGCAAAACCUACCUUAUUAAAGUGAACGAAUUUGUCCAAAUUUACAUUGUAUAAUAAAGCAUUUUUAUUGAAAUUAGAUUCCUACAAAAUAUACAUUUGCUUCAGACGAAGUGCAUUUCAGUUUUUUUUUUUUUUUUUUUUUCAAAAAAUGUCAGAAAGAUAGAUGACACAAUUUUUGAUUUUUUUUAAAGCAAAGAUAAUUCUGACAUAGUUUCGGUAGGUUUUAAAAGAAGAAAUACUUCAGGAGAAAAAUAAUUAUUUCAUACAUUUUGAAUUAUGUGAAAAGAUAAAUGAAUCGAAAGAAAAUUUUUCAUAUUUAGUUUUAAUUUCUGUCAUAGUCUUCUGCAUUCAAUAUUUGUCUCAACAAGAAAUUUUUUGAGCAAAUACAAGUGAACAUUUCUUUCUUUUUAAAAAAAUCAUCUAUACCCAAUUUUUGUUUAGAUACAGAACAUGUGAGUUGUUUUGAGAAGAUUAAUCCUUUAAAGACAACAAGCUUUGUGGUUAAUUUUGGAAAUGUUUUUAUAUAUAAAACAAUUAAAUGUUGAUGUAACAUGUAUGUCAUGUUUUGUGGAAAUUGGUUCAAUAAUUUUUGUGAAAAUGGAUGUGGCAUAUGUGUCUAUAUGGUCCAUUAGAGAGAUGCAAAUCUACAGUUUUCUUUUUCUAAAAUUUGAUUAUUUUAUUAUUUAACUCAAAAAAUAUAUAUUUGGCUAAUUAAUAACAUUACCUAUAUUUCUUCAAUUAAAAAGUGAUUUUGAAUAAAAGCAGGUAUUUGAGCAAAAGUAUGAUAGUAUGAAUGUAGAUGUAUUUCUUUUGCAAUGUUUUCAGCAUAAAAUUAGUGCAUUUUAUUGUACUGUUUUACUUGCAUUAAGAUUCUGAUGUUGUUGUGGUUGACUUGUGCCAGCUAGGCUGACAACUUGAGGUUGCACUGCUUCACAUAAGGUACAGUUGGAAAACUGUACCUUAAUUUGGUGUGAAGUCCAACUUUCACAGUACACACAUGCUAUAAGGGCCCAUUUGUGGGGUAGGCAACACUUACAGUAUAACAAUACAAUCACACAGAGAAAGAACAAAGACAGGAGAGAGAAAGGACAUCCACGCCCCAGCCGGGAUUCGAACCCGGAAACUCCUCAUAGCAGUCAGACUUCUCUGACCACUAGACAAGGCGACCAACUUAAGAUUCUGAUGUCUAAGUAAUGUGGAAAAAAGAUAAUAUAUUAUUUAUUUAUGUUCAAAUAUUUUCAAGAAUAAAUCCCUAAUGGGUUCACUUAAGUUUAUAAAAUGGUAAAAAUACAUGCUGCAUGGUUCUAUUAUGACAGAUAAUUAUUUUUGCAUUUAAAUGUGUAACAUUUCUGUUGUAUUUGGUCUUGAAAUGCAUUUAUAUAUAUACACAUGUUGAAAGAGUUGCCUUUUAUUGUAUAUAAAAUUUUCAUUUUAAAUUAUUGUAUCUACCUCGAUUCUUGAAUAACAACUACUAUUCUCCUUGUAAAUAGUGUAAAUAAUUGUAAAAUAAAUUCUGUUUUAGUUGU